GUGCCCAAGUUCAAAGCCAACCCCCUGCCCCAGUUCGACCACAUAUAUCUUCCUGAGAAGAAGGUGAAGAGACCCACAAAGCCAGAACCUUUCCAACUAGCCAUCGACGCCCGUGGAGCUGUCCGGCAGGAGAUACGGCAGCAGCAGCUGAAGGAGGAGAUGAAGCGCCAGAAAGAAGCUGCCGUCUUCAAAGCCCAACCCAGCCAGGUGCUACACCAGGAGCCCUUCCUUCCCAAGAAAGAGAGCAAGCUGCUUUUAGCCCCCGAUCCCUUCGUGCUGGCCACCAAACUAUGGGCCAAGGAGCGCCUGGAGUUCGAGAUUCGGCUGGCCGAGCUGGAGGCGGAGAAGGCCCGGCUUCAGGAGGCCACCCGGAGGAUGGAGGAGGAACGAGCCAAAGAGGAGAGGGCCAAGCUGCAGGAAGAGCUGGUGCACAAGGCCAACCCCAUCCGCAAAUACGCCAACGUGGAAAUCAAGCCCAGCGACCAGCCAAUGACCGUGCCGCAAUCUCCCAAUUUCUCCGAUAGAUUUCAGUGUUGA